AUGGUUGAGGCAAACACCUCCAAACCUGAACGGAUCGAAGUCUCCAUAAAAGUCACAUACAGUUCCUUCCAAUCGAGUUCGGCCUCCAUUCGCACAUCACACUUGAACGGAAGCACUUGUCGUAUACAUGGGAAUGUAUCCGGGCAAAGGAGAGACUAUUUGAAUCAAAUAUCUGUGACUCCAACUAAAAGAAGAGGGCCGAUUGGGGCCGAGUUUUCGAGUCCUGGUCCGGCCAUUGUGUCUCUGCCCUCAACCUUUGGACCGAAUAGGGGAGAUCAGCGUAAGUCCACUUCUCCGGCCUAUAGUUUUGGAUCCAAAUAUGAAGAGAAAAGAAAUGUUAAAACUCCCGGCCCUGGAGAGUAUGAUGUGGAAGGCAUGACCCGAGUCGGUAAAGAUUGGACUCCAUCUGCUUUUGUUGGCGCAAAAAUCAAAGACCCCGAACCCUUCAACACUCCCGCACCCACUCAUUAUUCACCAGAAAAAAGUAUUUAUAACGCUAAAGGACGUCAA